AACUAAACAAAAUGUGGAUUAUUUCUUUCUGGAUAUUCCCUGUUAUUUCCGCGUGCAUGUGGAUAGGUUGGUGCAUGGGAUGAGAAACGUGAAUUAGACAGUACAGAACACUAACUUGUAUUAAGUCAUGCUCGGGGUAAUGCUGGGAGUAUGGCGUGCCCAGGGUUCUCCCGACUAUCCUAGCAUGGAGCCAGGUCAAAGCAUCGCAUAUAUAUCCGAUGUUGGCGCACAGGGCCUUAAACCACUCUUCAUCACUGGCAGUGUGAUCACCGUUGUGUUCCUCGAUCUCUCGUUCCUCGCCGAACGAUGGCUGCGACACGCCGGGCAGUUGGUUCCUAAUAAAGGGUUAUUGGACAAAUCCUGCGCUAUUGGAUCUAUAUUAUUCUCGAUCGCGGGUGCUGCGGGUUUGAUCUUGCUGUCGAUUUUCGACACUUACCGCCAUUCCCACCUUCAUGGCGGGUUUUUGGCGAUGUUCCUUGUCGCGUACCUUGUCAGCGCUAUUCUCAUUUGUAUCGAGUACCUCCGCAUCGGUAUCUUCUACCGAUCACAGCAUCGGGUUCUCCUGGCUAGUUUCACCAUCAAGGCCUUCUUCGUCGUCGUCGAAAUCGCUCUGGCUAUUGGCUUUGGUAUCUGCGGGUGGCACCAACCGCACCACAGGAAUGCAGCGGCUGUUCUCGAAUGGGUGAUCGCCUUGGUAUUCACGUUCUACGUCCUCUCGUUUGUGAUCGACCUGUUACCGUCUGUCCGUACACGGAAUCACCUCCCACAAGGCGAGAAGGGCAUGGGCCCCCGCCAUUCAGACCAGCAUGAGAUGGUGGAAGCACCCCUGACGCAGGACUCUGCUGGGCCGAACGCCAACCCCAACACCAACUACUACCGCGGAGCGCACUUUUAGAAUAUUGGAGUAUGAUUUUGUGUGUGGCUUUCAACUCUUUUGUUUUUGCCGUUUGCUGCAUUGCGUGUUGGAAUAUAAAGUUAGGAUACCUUGGGAGUAUGGAUCAUGAUUUACGACUUAUAUGGGUGUACUAUAACAAUUUAGAAGCUAAAGUUUAAUACAUAUCCGCC